GCCUGUGCGUUGACAGAGGAGGGAACUAUAACCAGAGGAUACCGGGGGCAGCGAGCUCGAAGCGUUGGGCGACACCAAGCCAUGGAGCGCGAUGUAGUGCGCGUUCGCGCGGUGGUGAUGACGCGCGAUGACAGCGGGUGGUUGCCCCUGGGAGGCGGCGGCCUCAGUCACGUGGCGAUAUGUAAGGGGCGGAGUCCGGAAGACAGGGGGCGGAGAGACUACUGCAUUCGUGGGGAGAGGCUACGGGACCGAGCGCCGGUGCUGGAGUGCUUGGUGCAGAGAGGGCUGGUCUAUAACAAGGUCAACCCCAUCUUCCAUCACUGGCGCGUGGAGGACCAAAAAUUUGGUCUGACUUUUCAGAGCCCGGCUGACGCCAUCUCCUUCGAGCAAGGGCUCCGCGGCGUCAUCGACCGGCUGGAGAGAGAAUCAGACUCUCCAUCUUCCUCCACCCCAGAAGAGGGAGACACUGAAGAUGACGGCCAAGCUUCUCACACGGGCAGCGAGUCGUCCUCCAACAGCAGGAAGGAGAUGCUGCCCAAGCCCAUCACCAUAGUGACCAGCGAGUCCUCGUCCCCGUGCUUCACGCUGCCUUCCGCUGCAGAGGAUUAUGGGUACGGAACCCAGCACGCGGUCACCACACAGACUCCUGCACAGAUCCACAUCCGCCCGGUGCAGCUGCAGCCCUCCCAGACCUCGCCCUCGGUCAGCACCUCGUCAGCGCCCCCCCUGACCCCCCCCACGCCCGCUGCGGCCGCCCCCUCACCCCUCUCCCCUCUCUCGCCCACCCUCUCUCUCCUGGAGCAAGGCGACAUCAAGGACCUGUGGGGGGCGCGCGGGUACGAGGAUUACCGGCGGGCGGAGCUGGCGCGUGGGGCGGGGGUGGGGGUGUCGGCGCAGGACAAGACCGAGCUAUGCGUGGUGCGUUUCGGCAAGGAGCAGGCCAGCCCCGGGGAGGGCACGGUCACCCUGGACACCAAGUCCUCCCAGAGGCUCUCCUCGUCCUCCUCCCCCACGCCCAACGCCGUCACCAGCCCCCCGGCCUCCGACUCCAGCAAGGGCUCUCCCACCUGCUGCCUGCGCGCCUCCCUGGGACCCCGCUCACGGACCCGGCGGAGAGGGGCAGGGGGCGGGCGUGACUGCGGGCUGACCCUGGGCCUCUCGGCCUCGCCCUCCACCACCAGCGGAGGGGUGUGCCCCCCGGACGAGGGCCCCUGCGCCGGGCCCCCGUCGCCCCGCUCCUCGCGCUGCGUCUACUGCCGCUCCAUCUUCAGCGCGGCCGAGAACGGGCGGGGCCGCUGCCGCGACGCCCCGGACCCCGCGCUUCGCUGCUUGCGGCGCUGGACCUGCGUGUGGUGCGCCGAGAGCCUGCUGUACCACUGCGCCUCGGACCCCGAGGGCGAGUUCUGGGAGCCCUGCUCCUGCGAGGACCCCCAGGGCGGGCACCUCGGGCCCCUCUGCUGCGCCCGCUGGGCCGCCCUGCUCGCCCUGUCGCUGUUCGUGCCCUGCAUGUGCUGCUACCUGCCCCUCUGCGCCUGCCUGCACUGCGGGGAGAGGUGUGGCUGCUGCGGGGGCAGGCACAAGGCCGCCCGGUGA